AUGCAACAAACAAUUAAUAUUGCAAUUAAUGGAUAUAAUUAUUCAAAAGAACCAAUUAAUAAUCAAAUUAUAUUUCUUAAAGAUUUAAAAAAUAAAUUAAACAAACAACAAUUUUUAAUUGAAAUCAAUUUAAUCGAACAACUUAAUGAUGAAGAUUAUUUAUAUUCUGGGAAAAAAGUAUCUGAAUUGGCAAAAAAUAACAAACUACGCAAAGAAAUUAAUCUAAUUACUCAAGAAAUUACUAAAGAAAAGGGAUAUAUUGUGGUUGGACGUGAUACUACAUUUAAUAUUCUUCCAGAUGCUGAUAUCAAGAUUUUUUUAUCAGCAAAUUUUGAAACACGAGUCAAUUGUAGGGCACAGCAACUUUGUUUAACAGAAUUUACAAAUAUUUUUGUAGAUAUUUUAAAUCGUGAUGCCACAUCUGCUCCAUUGGUUAACGAAGCAAGAAAGGAUAAAUGUUUAGAAUUUUUAAAUUCAUUGUUAGAUUAUUCUAAUUAUAUUGUAAAUAAAUUUAAAGAACUUAAAAAAAGAUUACCAAAAAAUAGAAGCCAUCCUUAUUAUAUUAAAUCUAAAACAUUUAGAGAUAAAGUUUUAAAUAGUUCUAAACAAGGUUCUGUUAUAAAGGUUCAACAAAUAGAAAAGGCAAUUCAAGAUCUUGAAGAGGAGUUUGAGUGUGAUACUAAAAAAAGUGAAAAUGAACAAGAUUUUGAUAAUAAUUCUUUAAAAGAAUCAUCAGGUCUAAUUUUAUCACAAGAUAAUGAUUUUGUAGUUUGUGAUAAGUUAGAAUUCAAAUAUAUAACUAAACAAAAUGGUAUUAUUGAUUUUAAUAAAUUAUCAUUUAGUGAUGAAGAUUUAAAAAUGGAUAAUUCUUCUUCAGAUAAUAGCAAUAAAUUUUGUAAUUAUAUUUAUUUAUAUAAAAAUGCAAAAAAUAAUUUUACUCAACUUCAGACAUUUAAUUCAACAUAUUAUACUUAUUUAAAUAUACUUAAUGAAAUUUAUAAGCAUGGAUUUAUGAAUAAACCUUCUAGUAUUAAAGAUAAAAUUAAUAAUCAAAUUGAGAUUAAUAAUAAUUUAAUGAUACAAAACAAAUUAAUUAUUAAUAAACAUGAACAAAAUAUUAGAGAAUUUGCAUUAAAUUUACUUCUUAAUCAAGAUAAACAAAUAGCAUUAAAUAGAAGAAAUAAUCCAACAAAAGAUUUUCAUAAAUAUAUUCAAUCAAUCUGUGGUAGAAAAGAAAAAGAAUCAUUUGUUGAUGGUAGGAAAGAAAAAGAAUCAUUUGAACAAUAUGCUAUUCGUGAAACAAUUGAGAAAGCAAAUAUUGAACCUAGAGAAAUUUAUUAUAUUUGUACUCAUGAAGGAUUUCGUAAAUUUUUUGAUGGUGUUGAAUGUUUAUUUAGAACAGCAAUUUAUUUUACAAUACUUGAUGAUGAUCAAAUACCCGAACAAACUAAACCAGAUAAACAUGAUCCAUGGGUAUUUUAUGAUCUUAAAGAAUUACAUAAACUUAAAUUAAUAGAUUUCAUAGCUAUUAAUCUUAAUCAAAUUUUAACUGCUAUAAAUAAGAAAUUUAAAGCUAAACAAAUUAGUUCUAAUCAUAAAAAAAGAAAAGUUGAUGAAGCUAUUGUAGAAAAUUUUGUAAAUGGUGUUGUAGAUUCUGUAGCUAGUACACUUUCAUCUGAACCAGAAAUAAAAGGGAAAUUUUAG